ACCCAUGUCGACACCGCGCCAUUCAACUUGCGACUUGAUUGCGCGAUGAAUUGCAUAUAAGGGAACGUUUCGUUCUCCUCUCUUUACCAUUUCCACACGUUCAUCAGUGUUACCUCGCGGCGGACGGCCCCCACCCUAGCUACUUUUAGGCACAUUGAUUGCACCUUGAUUUCCCACCGAUAACGUCUAGCACAUGGAAGACAUUCAGCAACAGCUUUCCUGUAACACGCUGCCCUUUCCCUCCAAUCUCCCUCAUACUGCUCGACCAGAAAAUCGACCUCAUGGUGACAAUACUCAUACUCCCAUUCGACAUUCCACUACGGCAGCCACUAUUGCUUCUGGGCUUUUCAAUCGACCACCUCCACGUCAGCUUUGUGUUAGGCACAAAAGAAUGGCUGAUGAAGGGGUGAGUCUAAAGCUUCAAAAGUCUCUUGAUUCCCUGCCUGUCUCAGAGCGGGAAACCGUCAGCACCUUAUGGUCCAUGUUCAGUUCUUCGACCCACGCACACCGGCAGAUCAUCCUACAAGGGUUACUCACCAUGUGUUGUUCAAGUCAACUAUCUCUGCUUAACGAACAAGUUCCGCAAUUACUUCGUAUCGACCCAUUCCUCGCUUUUCCACGAGAGGUCUCCUUGCAAGUGCUGAAGUAUCUUGACGCCACUUCACUCACACGCGCCGCCCGGGUGUCGAAACUUUGGAAAUCUAUUGCGUAUGAUGACAUUUUGUGGAGAAACAUGUGCGAGCAACAUAUAGAGAAGACCUGCACACGGUGCGGUUGGGGACUGCCUUUGCUCGAGAGAAAGCGACUCAAGGCGCGGAAAAUGCAAGCCGCAAGUUCGCCUUCUCCCGGGUUCGAAAAGCGUCAGUCUUGCGAUGGGGAUGGGUCGGCGUCCGGCGGUUCACCUUCGGCCAAACGACGGAAACUAUCUGAGUCUCCAGAUCCCGUGCCACAAUCGAGCCCAGCAGCGUGCAUCUCCGCUGUCCUAGACACUCCGACGAGACCCUGGAAGGAGGUGUAUAGUGAGCGGGUAAAAGUGGAGAAGAAUUGGCGUCAUGGGAAGUACUUCGUGCGGACCCUAAAGGGGCACACGAAUGGCGUUAUGUGUCUGCAGUACAGCGAUACGCUCAGCCAUCCAAAUUUCCCAAUCCUGAUGACAGGGUCGUUCGAUCGGACUGUUCGCAUAUGGAAUGUAGAGACGGGUCGAGAGAUCGGAUGUCUUCGUGGUCAUCAAAGGGCGAUUCGUGCGUUACAGUUUGACGAAGCGAAACUCAUCACCGGAUCCAUGGAUAAGACGCUGAAAAUCUGGAAUUGGCGAACCGGAGAAUGCAUACGCACCCUCGAAGGGCAUGCGGAGGGUGUCAUCUGCCUGACUUUCGAUGACGAUGUGCUUGUGAGCGGGAGCGUUGAUGCUACAGUGAGAAUUUGGAAUUUCCGAACCGGAGCGUUCCAUACGCUUCGUGGACAUCGGGACUGGAUUAAUGCCGUUGUGCUUUGGGAUGGGAAACCUGUCCCAACUCCUGGCGAUUGCGAUGUGUCCGAUAUCGAUUCGGCGAAACUGCUUUUCAGUGCUUCGGAUGAUGGAGCCAUUCGCUUAUGGGACCUGCCGACGAGGGAAUGCAUUAGGGAGUUUACCGGACAUAUGGCGCAAGUACAAAGUAUCAAACUCGCAUAUGUUGAGGAUGACGACGGUGGGUCCGAGAGCGGAUCGAUUCCCAGCCUUCAUCUUGGCCCCCCCGUUACCCGUCCUGUCACUCAUUGGGAGGAAAGGGCCGCAGCGCAUCUAAAUGAGGGAGAAUCUACACCUCUUACUUCCACUGCUGUCGGGGAGCUAUUUUCCCCACGGAAACGUGGCCCCUAUGCUGUUCUGAUGUCGGGAAGCUUGGACAACACGAUGAAGAUGUGGGACAUAGAAUCCGCAACCUGUUUGAAGACGUAUUUUGGGCAUAUCGAGGGCUUGUGGGCCGUUGAUGUAGAUAAAAGACAUCUAGUAUCAGCUAGUCAUGAUCGAACAAUCAAGAUUUGGAAUCGCGAAGAGGCACUGUGCAGGCAUACUCUUGUUGGGCAUCGGGCUGCCGCAACGUGUCUUAAAAUCACCGAUGAUAAAAUCUUUUCUGGUAGCGACGAUGGAGACAUCAGAAUCUGGUGUUUCGCCCCUGAAGGUUCCUGAUUGGCUGUUAUAACCCUGGCCUGGAUUUAGCUCUUUCUAUUUUCCCCUUUGUUUCUCCGUGGAAAAAUUUCGCUGGCAUCAUCACCAGCAUCAUCCCCCCCUUCUGCGCAUCUGUGAUACCGCACAUCAUGAUUUAAGCCUCAUUUUUGGGAAAUUGUAACGUAAUGUUAAUUUUAAUGGAAUCUUAGCUUGAGAUUACGCG